CGCGCGCGCCCCAAGAUGGCGGCCCGGGCGCUGCUGCUGCGGGCGGCGUUCCCCGGCCCGGCCCGUGGCUACGCCAAGAAACCGGCUGUGAAGGUGAAGGGCAAGAGCGUGCCGAAGGAGGGGCUGAAGCCGCCGGAGGUGUGCACUGACCCCGCCAUGCUCAGCGCCUACGCCAUGGGCGUCAAUUACUUCAAGGAUGGCCCCGAGGUGGCCCUGAAGCCCGACUCUGAGUACCCGGACUGGCUCUUUAAGAUCCACCUCGGGCCUCCCAAGAAGCUGGAGGAGCUGGAUCCCAACUCCAUCGAGUACUGGAGGCGCCUGCGGAGGUACAACACGUGGCAGCGCAACAAGCUGAAGAAGGGCAAGAAGUUGUAGGUGCCCAGGGCUGCCCUGAGCCCAGCUUCUGUUCUUGGGCUGCUCUUCUUGCUGUAAAUGAGUAAUAAACCUCUGGUGAGACUG